AUGGCUAGUGAGGAGAGUUUUGUUGUUCUGGUUCACCACAGAGGAUCCAUUAAGAGGAAAACUCGUUCCGGAGUGAAGUUCACAGAUAAGGAUCCUCUCUGUAUUGUCGUGAAUCCAACGAUAAGGUAUGAUGACCUUGUUAGAUAUGUGCUGAUGAAACUUGGCCUGGAAGGUGCGAAGCGGGUUAAGAAGUUUUUCUAUCGCAUUCCAGUCUCGAUCCUGCACGAUACGGUGAAGUAUGAUUGUCUCACGAUUGGUAGUGAUGAGGACCUGCAAGUCAUGUUUCUUUGUCGGAGGCAGUUUCCGGAGGUGAGGACACCAGAAUUGCUCGCAAAGCUGGUUGAUGUGGUAUCCAGCUCAGGGGGUUCGAACCGGAAUACCACCAAUGUAGCCACGGCAGCUGGUUCCAGUUCCAGGGCUGCCAUGGCUUCUUCCUCCGUCCCAGUGUACGAGCCAGCGGUCCAACUUGUCGCCUCCCCGUCUUUUACUGUUGAUCUGAAUGACGGCGUAGGCGACGAGGUAGGAUCCUUUGAUAUUCUGCCGAACGCCUUACAGGGCGUUCCACCGGUUGGUGUCGGAGACGGAGUCUUGGGUGAUGCAGAGGAGGACGGCGUCGAGCCGGAUACGAUUGAGGAUGACAGCGGCGACGAGGUUGGAGCGAAUGGGCCUGCAUUGGCGGGCGGUGGUUCUAGCUCUGGCACACAGCAGUAUCCACCGCAUUUUUUCUCGUUGGACCUGGAUGCCAUGAGACAUGAGGGGGUUUUAGGGCACGAUGUUGGAUUCGGAGCUAGAGAUGCGGAAGGGACUGCUAGUCUGACAGAGUUCCAGGUUGGUCAGCAAUUCCAGGAUAAAGAUGAGGCCCUGUUAAGCGUGAAGACUUACAACAUUCAUGCACUCUCUGAACGGCAUAUGGAACAUGUGCGUCUCGGGACGCCAUCGCUCCACGAAUGCACUGACAAGGACCUCGGCUAG